GACCAGCGAACUCAAACCCAACAAGUCGAAGAGUAACUAUCAGAUCAGGUGGAACGCCUGGUCCCGCUUUUAAUUUCAAAAACAUUCUAACGAUCGCGCUGGCAUUUCUGUAGUUUUUCGAGCUGUGCCCUAAAUCAGAACCACAUAAACACAUCAUUUACGCUGAUUGUUUAAAAUCAUUGGGAGCGAGAGGAUGAAGAUUUGUUGGCUUGUCUUUGCAAGCUGGCUCUGUUUGCUGGGGGCAGUGUCAGCAAAUCGCACUUUUACCGUCGAUUACGAUCAUAAUCGAUUCCUAAAGGAUGGCAAGCCCUUCCGCUUCAUUGCGGGCUCGUUCCACUAUUUUCGUGCCCAUCCUGACACCUGGCAGAGGCAUCUCCGCACCAUGAGAGCAGCCGGCUUGAAUGCAGUAACCACCUAUGUGGAAUGGUCUCUUCACAAUCCAAAGGAUGGUGUGUAUGUCUGGAACAAAAUGGCAGAUCUGGAGCAUUUUAUACGACUGGCCGUUGGAGAGGAUCUGCUAGUAAUCCUUCGUCCGGGCCCUUAUAUCUGUGCUGAACGCGACAUGGGCGGGUUUCCUUAUUGGCUGCUCAACAAGUAUCCUGGAAUUCAGCUUCGCACAGCAGAUGUCAACUACCUCAGCGAGGUCCGCAUUUGGUAUAACCAGCUCUUCACAAGGAUAACCCCCUAUCUGUACGGCAAUGGAGGCCCCAUUAUAAUGGUUCAGGUGGAGAACGAGUACGGUUCCUACUUUGCCUGUGAUCUCAACUACCGAAACUGGCUGCGUGAUGAGACUGCCACUCAUGUCAAGAAUAAGGCAGUCCUCUUUACCAACGAUGGGCCCAGCGUGCUGCGCUGCGGAAAGAUCCAAAAUGUCCUCGCAACUAUGGACUUUGGGGCUACAUCAGAUCUCAAACCCACCUGGGCCAAGUUAAGACGCUACCAGGCAAAAGGGCCGCUGGUCAAUUCCGAAUACUAUCCGGGUUGGCUGACGCAUUGGACGGAACCGAUGGCUAAUGUGAGCACGGAUUCCAUUACAGGGACUUUCGUUGACAUGCUGGACAGCGGGGCCAGUGUCAACUUCUACAUGUUCUAUGGAGGCACCAAUUUCGGCUUCACCGCCGGCGCCAACGAUAAUGGCCCUGGACAGUAUCUGGCAGACAUCACAUCCUACGACUACGAUGCGCCAAUGACGGAGGCUGGAGAUCCCACGUCCAAGUACCAAGCCCUGCGUCGCAUUAUUGGACGGUAUUUGCCUUUGCCCAAUAUACCCGUGCCCAGUCCCGUACCCAAGAAAGGCUACGGAUCCGUGCGACUGACCAGUUGCUGUAAUUUACUUUCUCCGGAGGCAAGACAGCGACUUUCCACGGGCUUUGUCCAAGCGGCGAAGCCACAGAGCUUCGAGGCCCUAAACCAAUACUCUGGAUUAGUUUUAUACGAAACCCAACUGCCCAGUUUCAAGCGUGACCCGAGCAUCCUAAGUGUACCAGGCUUAGCCGACAGAGGCUAUGUCUACGUGGAUGGGGAAUUCGUGGGUCUGCUGGCUAGGGAAAUACCCGUUUUUGAUCUACCCAUCAGCGCUAGUGCUGGGCGAAGGCUCCAGAUUUUCGUGGAGAAUCAAGGACGACUUAAUUAUGGUCGCCAGAUCAACGACUUCAAGGGCAUCCUGCGGGAUGUGCGUCUGGACAAGCAAGUUCUGAGCAAAUGGAACAUGACCAAGUUCCCGCUGGAGUCGUACGAUAGCCUCGAGCAACUGAUAUCCCAAUCAAAUCCAUCAGCUAACCAGGUCGUCCCGGAUCUGAAUAAGCUGCGAACUCUACUGCGAACAGGACCAACCGUUUAUUACGGACAACUUGAAAUUAAGACCCAGUCUGACAUUGCGGAUACGUAUCUGGACAUGUCAGGAUGGGGCAAGGGCAUUGUCUUCGUUAACGGCGAAAAUCUCGGCAGGUACUGGCCCCUGGUUGGACCCCAGAUCACCCUGUAUGUCCCGUCCCCACUUCUGAAGGUGGGCUCCAACCGCAUCGUGGUGGUGGAGUACCAACAGACACCGACCUCUCUGGAGUUGCACUUCCGGGACACCCCCAUCCUGAACGCUAGAACCGGCUAGGAGAAGCACGCAUCCUUCGCCAUUCAAAACAACAACAUACAUCAUGCAUCAUUCGUUAAUGUAGAUUUAAAUGUAAAUUUAUGCGGUUUAAGUUCUUUGUGGAGGCAUUAAAGCGGAUCCGAGGAGUAAGGACUUUGUGUCUUGUCUGCCUCGUUAUCCUUUUUUUGUAAAA